AUGCUGGGCGGCGCCAAAUAUUUUUCCACCCUCGACCUAGACGCACGCUUCCACCAGAUCCGCAUGCCCAAAGCGGAUCGCGGGAAGACAGCGUUCCGUUCCGUCUUGGGCCUGUUCGAACACAAAGUUAUGCCGUUCGCCCUGAAGGGUGCGCCCGCUACCUUUCAAGCCAGCAUAAAUACCUACUUGCAGCCCUUGCUAGGCCAUGGCGUUAUUGCAUAUCUUGAUAAUGCUUUCAUCUACUCCGUUGAACUUCCUUCUCACGUUGCUCUCCUACGAAAGGUGUUGAGCAUCUUUCUCACAAAUCAAUUUUACCCGAAAUUUCGCAAGUGCCAAUUCGCGCACCAGGAACUUACGUAUUUGGGAUAUACCAUCGGCGCAGAAGGGAUAAAAUCUGCAUCAGAGAAGAUUGAAGCAAACCGAGUUUGGCCAGAGGUGCUGGAGAACGAGACGCAAGUACGGCAAUUCCUUGGUACUGUUAAUUACUGUCGUAUGCUCAUGGGUCCCGAUUUUGCUGACAUUUCCCGCCCCCACGUUACCCUGACUCGCAAAGCCACCCCCUUUCACUGGACAGCCGCACACACCCAGGCGGUUCGCCACCUCAAGCAACGUCUCAUUGACUAUACCACCCGCCAGGUCCCAGACACCUCUAAGCCUUUUGAGCUCUACGCCGAUGCCUCCGGCUAUGCCAUUGGUGGCGUACUCGAACAAGCUGGACUGCCAAUUGGGUUCCUCAGUCAGGCUAUGACCCCCGUUCAACAAAAAUAUUCGAUAUACGAUCAAGACCUGUUGGCACUAGCCACAGCCCUAGACAAGUGGUCUCACGUACUCCGCGUCGGUAAGGUUACCGCAUGCACGGACCACCAAGCUCUUACCCACUUACGGAAGCUCCAGACGUCCAAGCCCUUGCGGGGACGCACCGCCCGGUGGUUAGAUUUCCUCGUGAAGUUUCCUUAUCUCACUAUCAUCUAUCUACAGGAUCCAGCUCCUCACACCCGGGGAAAGCAGGCCAACUACCCGCAGUUGGCUAGCAUUCGUCGUCGCCCGCCUCGGACUCGCCCGCACUCUCCUCCCGUUUCGCUCAAGGCCAACGAGACCCCUCCUGACGGCACCGAGCCAUCCGCCAUCCCCCCAGUGCAGCCCGCAGAUUCCGCAACCCUGGAUUGGCCGGCAGCUUAUGCGAAGUGUCCCGUUUUCCGGGUCCCCUACAACACGGCGGUUAAGGCAGUCGAUCUAUGGCAGCAGCUGUGUACGCGUUUUAACAUCAAACGCGCUUUAUCUUCCUCGUACCACCCCCAAAGCGACGGCCAAACUGAACGAGUAAACCGCACGCUCGAACAAAUGCUCCGCACCUACAUUCAAUCUGACGAACGCGAAUGGGAGCGAUUAUUACCUGCCCUAGAGCUCGCGUACAACAUCACUAGCCAUUCUUCCACCGAGCUUUCCUCCUUCGAGGUCAUUAUUGGCGAGAACCCCCUGGCCGCAGCGGAUCUCGAUGCCGUCGGUGCCUUCUCCCCUACCCUUACUCCGCCGAUGACCAAGCUCUUCCGCCAGCUCUGCGACCGGGCGCAGAGUCAUAUCCUGAAGGCAAAAGGUCUACAAACGCACUACGCAGACACCCACCGCCGCGAAGUGGAGUAUGCGUUAGUUCCUGACUGCCCCCGCGCCUCCGAGCUGGAACCUCAGGAGGCCGUUGUGGGGUGGCCUCCUACCCGAGAUGUCGCAGGUAACCCCACGGAUCGGUACGAAGUCGGCUACAUCAUGGACCAGCGUCGGUCCGGCGACGAGUUCCAAUACCUUGUCAAGUGGCGGGGCUACCCGGAGGACCAAGCCACCUGGGAACCUGCUAGCCAUCUGCACGGUUGCCCUGCACUGCUGCGCGCCUGGCGCCGCCGUCACCGGAACCGCCUUCCGCCCUGA